CAAACAAAAGAAAACUGUUAGGCCUAAUGACUCCAGGGGGUACUGUAGUUCCUGCCUAGAGCUGACCCAGCAGUACCCACCUCCAGUGGUUGGCCAAUAUUUCUGUCAGAUUGGGCUGCUUAUUAUCUUUGAAGCAUAGGUAUUGUCAGGCUUUAUGAGCUUAUCUGUUUAAUUUUGCUUGUAUGUUAAAAGUAUUUGCAUCACAUGCAGAGAUAACUUUAUUCUCUCCUUGCCUCCUUCUUCCUCACAUUUAAGGUAUUUUAGGGAUGGUGCAGUUAAGAAACCUUAUUCUGCAAAGACACUGUCCAACAAGAAGUCUUCUGCAUCCUUUGGGAACCGGAGGGAGUUACCUAGUACCAGUCACCUAGUGCAGUAUCGUGGCACACAUACUUGUACCCGACAGGGCCGGUUAAGAGAACUUCGCAUCAGAUGCGUGGCCAGAAAGUUCUUAUAUUUAUGGAUUCGAAUGACUUUUGGAAGAGUAUUUCCCUCUAAAGCCAGAUUUUACUAUGAGCAGCGAUUACUACGGAAGGUCUUCGAAGAAUGGAAAGAAGAGUGGUGGGUUUUCCAUCAUGAGUGGAAACUCUGUGUUCGAGCGGACUGUCACUACAGGUAUUACCUGUAUAACCUGAUGUUCCAGACCUGGAAGACCUACGUGCGUCAGCAGCAAGAGAUGAGGAACAAGUACAUCAGAGCCCAGGUUCAUGAUGCAAAGCAAAAGAUGCGACAGGCCUGGAAGUCCUGGUUGAUCUACGUGGUUGUUCGUAGGACCAAACUUCAGAUGCAGACUACGGCUCUGGAGUUUAGGCAACGGAGUAUCUUAUGGUUGUGGUGGAGCAUGUGGAGGCAGCAACUAGGACAGGUCCGUGUGAGCCGUGCCCUCCAUGCCUCUGCUGUGAAGCACAGGGCCCUGAGCCUCCAGCUGCAGGCUUGGUCACAGUGGCGGAAACAGCUCCUGUAUGUCCAGAAGGAGAAACAGAAGGUUGUCUCCGCAGUGAAACACCAUCGGCACUGGCAAAAACAGAGAUUUCUGAAGGCCUGGCUUGAAUACCUGCAAGUUCGCAGAGUGAAGAGACAGCAGAAUAAGAUGGCUGAGCGAUUCCAUCAUGUCACCGUGCUCCAGAUACACUUCUGUGACUGGCAGCAGGCCUGGGAGCAGAGGCAGAGCUUGUAUGCCUACCAUGCCCAGGUGGAGAAACUGGCCAGGAAGAUGGCCCUGCGGCGCACCUUUACUCACUGGAAACACUACAUGCUGCUGUGUGCAGAAGAAGCUGCCCAGUGUGAGAUGGCAGAAGAGCACCACAGGCACAGCCAGCUGUAUUUUUGCUUUAGAGCCCUAAAAGACAAUGUGACCCACGCCCAUCUCCAGCAAAUAAGAAGGAAUCUCGCUCACCGGCAGCAUGGUGUCACGCUGCUGCACAGGUUCUGGAACCUCUGGCAGUCUCAGAUUGAGGAGAAAAAGGAAAGAGAGCAGCUCCCCUUACUGCGUGCUGCCUGGGACCACUACAGGAUAGUACUGAUGUGUAAGUGUAUCAAAUUGUGGCUACAGUAUACUCAGAAGAGGCAGUACAAGCAGCUGCUACAGGCCAGAGCGGAUGGUCAUUUCCAGCAGAGAACCCUGCCUGCUGCCUUCCACACGUGGAAGAGACUCUGGCGAUGGCGCCAGCAGGACAGUGUCCUCAAUGCAAGAGCAACACGUUUCCACAGGUAUGCUGCUCAGCUCCUGUCUGCACUGGGGCAGGUGUCUCAAAUCUAACUCUG